AUGGGUAACCAAGAUCAAUGGAAUAAGGAGAAAUUGACCAACGAAGAUGCUGAGACCUCACGCUCUACAUGUCGACUGGAAAUAAACACAACAUAUGAUGAUCACGUUUUGAUCGGUCAAAAGACUGAAAAGUGGAAUCAAGAAAAUACCAAAAUACCUCUGCGAGAUAUAAAGAAGGGAUCAGGAUCUUCAGAAUUACAAAUUGCAGUUCCUAGGCAGGAGAAAAGGAUAAUUGAGAAAGGUCAGAAAACAACUAUUAUAUGGAUAAACCAAUGUUUCCGAGAACUUUUCGUAAAGCCACCCUUUUCCCUAGUUUUCAUUAUGAAGGCUCCAUUCGAAUAUCUUUAUAAUCCUCACAACAAAUAUAUAAUGGCUGAAACUAGAAAGUCCAAAGAUGAUAAAAGAACAACUUUGAAGAAAAAAUCCAAGAAAAAAUUAAGCUCAUCUGUAAUAAACCUGGAACCCAAGAAAAUGAUAACCGACGGCAAACCUGAAAUAAACAAUGCAGAAAAAAUUCCAUCAGAAUUGUCACACAAAAGUGAACUAUUUAAGAAGCCAAAUGCCACAUCAGAAACAAAUCUAGAAUCCAACAAUUCCCAAAUAACCAUGGAAAUGGAUUCAAGAAAUGAUGACAAAUAUUUAAUGAAUUCCAAGGAGACCAACAAUGAAGCUACAUUUUGGAAGGACAAUCCAAAUACAGACUCCAAAAUGAAAUCUAAGGAAUUUUCUGAUAACACAUUAGCAAGCAUAAAUACCUCAAACAUGGACUUAUUGUUAUUUCUAAAUAAGUUCAAAGAUGAACCCACAAAGCCUGAAGAAUGGUCAACAAAUUGCUCACAGAACAAUGCAAAAAAGCCUGUGAAGAAGGGUGGAAAGAAGGAAAAGGACUCUGAUCUUGAUUCUGGAGACUCAAAAGGUGCAAAAAAAGAAGGAGAGCAAAAAGAACCCAGGAAAAAGAAAGAUACAGAGUCUACUGGUGGUGAAUCUGAUGACUCCAAGGAUUCAAAGAAAGAUAAGAAAAAAAAGGAUGCAGACAAAAAGGGUUCAGAAUCUACUGAUGUUGAAUCUGCAGAUUCAAAGGGUGAAAAGAAGGAAAAGAGACGUUUGAAGAAAGAUGAAAAGAAGGAUGCCUUCUAUACUGAUUCCGAAUCUGAUGCAGAGACAAACAAGGGCAAGAGAAAUGAAAAGAAGGAAAAUAAAGCGAACAGGAAUAAGCCUAUCAAGGAUACAUUGUCUACUGAUGCUGAUUCUGAAUCUGAAAACGACCCAACAGUAAAGAAAGGUGAGAAGAAAGAUAAGAAAAUUACAAAGAAAGGAGAAAAGGAGCAUGCAAAAAAAACUGUAGAUUCUACUGCAAGUGAGUCUGAAAGUGAAGUAAAGAAGGAAAAGAAAGAAGCCAUGAAAGACUUGGGGAAGGACAUAUUUAGUUAUAUUGAUUCAGCUUCUGAUGGAUCUUCCAAGGCAGACAUAAGGAGAGCUGUAAGGCCCUCAGAUACUGAAUCUGAAGGGUCAUUGGUGUUAAAGGUUAUAAAGACCACUGAUGAUUCAGAUGCCACAUCCACAGACUCAAAGAAGUUAACAUCAGAACAAAAGAGAGGAUUCAGAACAUCAUCCAAAAAGACUACUUUCAGAGAAAGCGGGGAAAGAGAUACGUGUGGCAGAAUUCCUUCAUCAAGAGAAAAGCUGCCAUUCCCUCCUUGUGAACCUCUGCGAACAUCACCUAAGCCCAAACGUGUCUGUCGGUGCAAGUUGGCUCCUCCACCUCCAAAACCAAGAUAUGCUCCUUUGCCUGAAGCGAAAUGGAUCCAUAAGCUGCUCUGA